UCCAUCAUAUUUUCUCGGUGAGUUUUCCCGAGGAAGUGACAGGGAAGAGAAAAUAAAAACACAAAGAAAGAGCACGAAACGGUGUUACUGUCUGGCGAAUUUCAAUUUUUAUUUUUAUUUUUUUUAUUUGGUUCACCAAAAUAUAUAGUGAAUGAACGAAAAUUUAAGUGGAUUUUUGGAAGGGAAAGUUUGAGAUGAAGGACCCGCUGUCAAGAACGAAGGUUGUCAUAAGGCACUUGCCUCCAUCUCUCUCACAAUCCGAUCUCUUCCACCAAAUAGACGAUCGAUUCGGUGGCCGCUACAACUGGUUUUGCUUUCGUCCUGGGAAGAGCAGCCUGAAGCAUCAGAGAUACUCUCGCGCCUACAUAGACUUCAAGAGACCUGAAGAUGUUGUCGAGUUUGCUGAAAGUUUUGAUGGGCAUGUGUUUGUUAACGAGAAGGGUGCACAGUAUAAGACUAUAGUAGAAUAUUCUCCUUCCCAGCGUGCUCCAAAACUGAGUUCUAAAAAGGAUGGACGUGAGGGGACCAUAUAUAAAGAUCCUGAUUAUCUGGAGUUCCUCAAGCUUAUUGCAAAGCCCACAGAGCAUCUUCCUAGUGCAGAAAUACAGUUGGAAAGAAAGGAAGCAGAACAAGCUGGUGCUGCAAAAGAAGCCCUUAUUGUUACCCCCUUAAUGGAAUAUGUCCGUCAAAAACGAGCAGUUGGAAGUGGAUCUCAGGGUUUAUUGGUUGCUGGGAAAGGUAGCAGAAGAGGUUUGGCUUCAGCCCCUAGCAAGCCUGGUACAUCGAGUGCUAAACGAGUCUCCGAGAAGAAAAAAUAUAUAUUAAAGGACAAUGCGAAGAGCACAAGUCGGAAGGAUAAGUCAAAUUUCAUUGUUGUUCCUAGGAGAGAUGAACAACAAGCCACUUCAAGCAGAAAAGAAACAUCUGAAAAUGAAAUCGUCUCUGCGAUUGAAGGUUCUGUUUCUGGUCUUCCUGUAAUUGCUGACUCUGGAAAGAGGAAAAUCCUGCUUCUUAAAGGGAAAGAGCGAGAGAUAUCAAAUGUUCCUGAAGCCAUAUUACAAAACCAUGGUGGAAUAUCUGGAGGAAAUUCGCCUGUUUCAUCUGCUCCAAAGCAGAACCAAAGGCGUGAGUCUGGUGGAAGGUUAAUCAGAAGCAUACUCUUACAUAAUGAAGCUCGUCAAAGUCAUACUUCAACCUCCCUCCAGAGUCAACAGAAAAGUCAAGGUUUGAACUCAGAACAUGUGAAGCGAUUGCCACGGCUCUCUAACACACGUUCAGGGGCCAAUGGUCAUAUCUCUCAUAGUGAACUGAGUACAUUGAACUCUGAAGGGGAUAGGAAAAGGGCUUCUGAUGAUAAGUAUAUGAAAAAGGACUCACAUGGUAUGAGUAAUGUCAGUGAGAAGCAAGAAAAACGUACAAGAAACAAGGAUAGACCUGAUCGUGGUGUUUGGACCCCUUUUCGUCGUGCUGAUGUGUCAAAUGCUGGUGAUGAGCGCACGUCCUCUGCAGUAUCACAACCUUCUCAACUGCCCUCUGAUACACCUGAAGGGUCUCACCGACAUUUAAGUCGCCGUGGAACUGUUCAUACUAUAAAGGAGGAUGGCAACCUAAAUGUAGGUGAGGGGAAGCCUUCUAGAAAAGGUGCUAGUGCUCAUGGUGCUAAUGAGUAUAUGCAGAAACAAGUAUGGGUGCAAAAAUCAUCUUCUGUGUCUUAGGAUAUUUAAUCUGGAGGAAAUUGUCACUUUCGGAUUACAAAUUUCCAUCUCCUACUGCUUCUCAACCCAUCAGGAGUCUUUACUUCUUUUAUCUUUUUCUGAGAAUACUCUGUUUUCAUACCACCAUAUCCAUCUACUAUCUUUUCUUCCAAAUCUUCUUUCGAUUCAGAUACAGAAGACUGGCCCAAAGAUUAGGCAGAAGAUGACACAUUACUCACACCGUCCAAUUCAUGGUUAUACAGAUUUUCCUGUUUUUUAUAGUCAGCAAUGUUAAUAAUGACAAGUUUAUAGGUUUAAGAUGGUGGCUGCCAAAUUAAAUUAGGGACUAAGGGUUGCGACAGGCUGUGGUGGAGGGUGAUAGGGUCAUAUUUGGUUACUUCUAAUUUAAUGUCAUAGGUCCUAACUCUGUUGGACGGCGGCAACUUAAUAUAGGUUUAGGGGUGGUGGGCUAGCGGUUGCCGAGUUAUUAAAGUUAACAAACAAAAAAAAAAAAAAAUUACUUUGAUAUCAUGUCUUAGAAUAGGAGAAAAGAGAAGUAACUUAGUAUGAAGAGACCACACAAUCUUAAAAUGUGUGUCACAUAUUUAUAGAUACAGGUUUAGCUUAAAAUUACCAAAUUACCCCAUGAACAUGAUUUCAUUCUGUUCGUUCCACAUAGGCUCUGCUAUGUUUUACUUGCAAUCUGUCGCCCAUAUCAUACUGUGUAAAGGCUUAAACUCUUAAAUUUAUUUAUAUCAUUUUAAUACCUGCAUAUAAUGUCUAUGUAUAAUCACAAUAUGAAUGAAGCUAAUGUCAA